UGGCUACCCACUGCGUGCGCCACCUUGCGCGAAAGCUUUCGAUAUGCGAGACGGGGCCCAGCUUAAUCAGGCACUUGUGCAAACGUCAUAGGUUAUGUACAUCCGGUGUACGAGAGCGCCAUUUUCAAGUGUGCAGUCGUUGAUUGUCAGAGUUGACAAAAGAAUUUCUCCCCUUGAUGCUCCAGUCAGUGUGGAGGAGUAGCUGAACACCACAAUGGAUUACCAGCAAGAAGUAGAGACGUUUCGUUCCCAAGCUGCAGGAAGCCAGGGAGAAGUUCAACCACUGGACGGAGAUGAACUUCUCGACAGCUUACACAAGAUCUUGCCCUGACUUCCAACAAACUCCUUCAGGAUUCACUUGAGAAAAAGAAGGAUCAUGAGGAUGGAUUAAACAAUCUCCGACAUAAGUGUCAAGUCAGCAAGAAGGCCCUUAAUGAACACAUUGCAAAAGUACAGGAGCUGAAGACUGAACUCAACCGCCUCAAUGAGGAGUCUGAUGAAAGGCUUGAACAACACAGGCUCAUGGAACAGCAUGUAUUUAGUGUGGGAGAAGACAUUAGCAGAGAGAAACAGUUGUUGUCUGCUCAAGAGAAAGCCAUAUCUGAUAAGUUGACAGAGCUGGAGAGGGCAGCUGCCAUGUUCCAAGACAGACUUGGACUUAAGUUCAAGAAGACCUCAGGUGGUCGCCUGCAGGUGGUGUUCACCUGUGUUGAUGACAAGGAUCCUGAUGCUCGCUUCUACUUCUAUGUGCAGAUUAACCAAGGACAGUACAUAGUUUCUGGCUGUGAGCCAUUGGUGGACAACUUUGAUGUCUUGGUGGAGAAGCUCAACUCCACAAACAACUUCCGAUCUUUUGUCAUUGCUGUAAGGAAAGCUUUCAAAUCAACCAUAAAAAGCUGAGCAAAUACAAGCAUUUUACCACCAUUGGUGUAGGGGUAGCUGUGCAAGGCACACAAAAACAUUUAUUACUGUGAUGGAACAAGACAGGAUGGGGGACCUUGGACUCCUGAAUGUUAUCAUGAUUACAACUGGUAUCAGAGGUUCUGUGGAUCUUCUUUCAGAUGCUUUGUGAGGGUUUGUAGUAUAUACAUAUGUCCAUGCAUAGUUUCUUAAACAAAGACCUGUUGACUUUCACUCCUAAUCAUAUCCUGUAUGUCAGCUGGUGUACAGUUGGAGAAUGGACACCAAAUGCAAGUUCUGUACUGGCACUUUCUGCAGUCUGGCAUACAUGAAAACUGAUUAAAGAAGUUUUUAAUCA